AUGCAAGACUUCUCUCUUCAUCGGCUCUCGGAUGAAGAUGCAGUCCGGCUCUACGAAUGGACGGAGCGAAGCUCAUCCGCCGUGCUCAAAUGCACCUGCCAACAGGUCCGUCGGAUGAAGACUUUGCCAGAGCUUUCUUACGCCAUUGGAGGUCAAACUCUCUUUUUGCAUUACGAGACACCAGCUCUUUUCGCAGAGGUCUGCGGCAUGGUCGUUGGACUGACGGUGAAGGAGGAUCAGAUCAGCUACGAAGUGGAUGAUGGCACUUCUGUGCUGCGCAUACUCGAAACCCGCAAGUCGUUGCGCCAGUCCGAAACGCGCCCGGAUCAGCCAGGAUCGGAUGCAACCGUUCCAUGCGGAAUCCCAGAAUGUUACAUAAUGCCAGCGCAACCCAAAGCGUCCACUUCUACCAGCAGACUGGACAACUCGGCGCCGACUGUGAUUCUACCAGCGCUGCAACCACGCUUCGAAGUAGGGGACAUUGUCCGAUGUACAGGCAAAAUGAAGAUCGAUCUUGGUGGCCAGAGAUUCAUAGUCGCUCGCCGUAUGGUGCGCUGCGAUAACAUGAACAUGGAGUGUUACCAUCAACUAGAUGUCAUCAAGGCUGAGAUGGAUGUCUACCGUAAACCAUUUGAUUGGAGUCGUGUGGAAACGACCAGGAAAGGCCCAAUGGCCAAGCAGACUACCUCUCAUCGAGCUGGCCGGAAAACACCCGCUCGACUGAUCUUAUCUGAUCUUUCUCCGAACGAGAAAGCGGCGUCUGCCCCCUGGAUACUGGCCGACCCUGGGCAACAGAGUUACGCCGGAAGACAACGCUUGUCGGAAGAAACAGCCCGCAGAUUGCUCUCAGGCGACACUCUCCUCUCAUCGCGCUCUACGCACCCGGCGUCAGUGCCGUGUCCGCCUCGAGAACAUGAGCGUACCCAAUCAUCUCGGUCAUCUAAAUCCAUCAUUCGACCGCUCCGUGCGCCUGCCAAGAUUUCUGAUCAGAAAUUGACCGAGUCUUACUUUCAGCUCCAGGUGCAGCAGCAUAUCAGCUUGCACUACCAUUCUCAAUCUUUUGCUCUUUCAGACCUUCAAAUUGACAAGACCCUGUCCACACUCGCCCAACGCCUAGUCCGCAUUCGCCUGCAGCAUCGGCUCUCUGCUCGCCCUGCCGGGAGUUCACCCGACAUCUCCCUCAUUUCUACAGAGCAGCAGCAAGACAAGAUACAUCGCCUUUUCGAAUGGGCCAUUCGAAAGAUGAUGCAGGACGGCUUCAUCACCCUAGCUGACGAGGAUCACUCAAAUCAACCAAGAGCAUCCCACGAAAACGACACUGACAGCUCUGAGACUUAUCGUCUCGUUACCGCGGAGUACCUCUUACGUCCUCUGAGUCUGUUGCUCGGCAACAGACUCUUGGUGUCGCCGCACGAUAUCGCUGUGCAAGAUGUAGACGACCUUCUUGCCCGUCUGCGCAUCCUCGACGAUCGCUUCCGCAACGUCGAUCGCUGUCUCUUCCAAGAUAGUCUGGCCCUCUAUCGUGUUCGCUGCACACCGAUAGUGAUUGAUUGA